ACAAUGUUGAACUUUGUGGGGGAAACAGAUUCCUUAGAUUGUACAUGUGUUGGGAUGGAUAUAGGCAAGGUUUCAAAUUUUGUAGGCCAAUCUUGGGAGUGGAUGGAACUCAUUUGAAGUCUGGAAUUGGGGGGUUAAUUCUGACUGCAGUUGGACUUGAUGCUAAUGACUCAAUCUUCCCUGUUGCAUAUGCCAUUGUUGAGGGUGAAACAAAACAGUCUUGGGUGUGGUUUUUAGAAUUCUUAAAAAAAGACUUAGAAAUCAGUGAGGGGAAUGAACAUGAAUUUACCUUCAUGUCAGAUAAACAAAAGGGUUUAAUAGAAGCAUUUGAAGUGGUUUUGCCUAGAGUUGAGCACCGAUUUUGUGUUAGGCACCUUCAUGGGAAUAUGAAGGUUGCGGGAUUUCAAGGAAAGGCAUUGAAGGAUGCACUAUGGGACUGUGCCAAAGCAACAACUGUGCCCAAAUAUACAACUGCACUUGGAAAACUUAGACAAUUGGAUGAGGAUGCAUAUGUUUGGCUAUCUAAUAAGAGUCCAACAGAAUGGAGUAGGUCACAUUUCACAAGUGUUUCUCAUUGUGAUAUGUUGGUGAACAAUAUUUGUGAAAGUUUUAAUGCUGUAAUUAUUGAUGCACGUAAACAACCUAUCAUUUUGUGCCUUGAAUUAAUCAGAAAGCAGCUAAUGACCAAGCUAUUUGCCAAUAGGUAGGAUUGUGGAGAAAGUUAAGAUUAUUGAGGAAAAAGCAGCUGGUUAUACAGGAUAUCAAUGUGACACAUAUUUAUUUGAGAUUGGAGGUAUGUAUGAGGCACAACAUAGAGUGGAUUUGCAAAGAAGAACCUGUUCAUGUAGAAAGUGGGACCUCACUGGUAUUCCAUGUGAGCAUGGUGUUCGUGCAAUUUGGCUUAAGCAUGGAAAAGGCCAUGUAACUGACUACAUCCACCCCUGUUAUUCUAAAGAUA